AUGAGCACAGAUGCAUCUUCAUCGACCAGACCAAAAAGACAACUUGUCAAGGCUGCGUGUCAAUCAUGUCAAAAACGCAAGGUGAAGUGCAGCGGUGAGCGACCUAUGUGUAUGCUCUGUCAACAAAGGGGUCAAUCCUGUGUCUACGACUCCGAAGCAGGCAUAUCACGAGUGGAAGCUGUACGACGCCGGAAUAAGGAACUAGGGGAACGAAAUUCCGACUUUGAGCUCGUCUUCAGUGCUCUACACGGUACACCAGACAACGAAGCGUUCGACCAUCUUCGCCGUCUGAGAGAGUGUCCAGAUGUCGAAACUUACGCCAAAACACUACGCAAAGCGCGACCGAUAGCGAGGAAACGACCGUCGGAUCAAUUGAGCGACCUCGUGGAGUACGGCACCGUGUCCAACCUGUCCCCCAUUUCGACGUACUCUCAAGAUCAACAAGACGGCGAUCAGAACAUCUUCACGGAUCCUCUCCCUAUGACAGACUUCACGAGUCCACCUCAACAACCGCCCCUGAUGAUUGAUCCUCGCCUUGGCCAGCAGACCUUGUACAGUUUUCCAGGCAACAAUGGUUCAACACUACAAAGCCUUGCAGAGAUCUGGCCGUUCCAGGACUCGUCUCACAUCCAGCAAGAAACCUACCAGGCCAAUGUCCACGACUGGGCGAAACCAGAUGGUCAAGCUGGACUCUCUCAGAAUCAAUAUCCCUACAACGUACAAAUGUCUCAACCCGAGUGGGCAGGGGGGAGUGCGGAACCUUCAGAUGUGGCCAAGUUCUGA